GACCCCGCCGGGGCACUCGUCGGUGACGAUGACCGUGACGGCGCGGCGCGAGCAGACGCCGUGGUCGAGGCACCGCACCUUGUAGCAGGCGCCGCAGCCCUCGCCGGACUUGAACAGCACGGGGCUCACGGCGCCCACGCGCGCCUUCAUCGGCACCACGUCCACCAGCGUCCCGUACCCGCACGCGCCGCCUGAUCAUGGUUAAUUAUUCAACACACAGUACGUGAUAUAUAUAUAGAAAUAUUAGAGAGAGACAUGUAUACAGUAGUGCUCUGUCUACUAUGGAAUAAUAAUCCAAACUAAAGUUGGGCAGUGGGCAGGCAGAUCUAACCAAUGCUAGCCAAACGGCGCCAGAAUAUUUGUAGGGACGCAGAGAAAUGCAACUAGCUAGAUCGCUCUCGUGUAUGGACGGACAUAACAGCAGUUCCGUUGAGAAAUGAUCGAAAACUGGACCGUUGCCACACUGGUUGUCUGGUUCACAUGGUCAGGGUACAAAAUAAAAAUACUGUUGCGACCUGGCCUCGUUGUAAUAAAAUAUGUAUAGCUGUAACCUUUGACUUGCAAGUGAAUUACUGUGCACUCCGGCCAGAGUCCAUUUCAUCCAUUGACCAUUGUACGUACGUAACACAAGCUAGCUAGCUACAUGUAUAUAAAUAUAGUUGUAACUUGUAGUAAUUGACUUAUGGUGCGAUUGGUUGAAUGUACAAAGAGGUAUGGAAUGAGGCGACCACGUUUUCUAUAGUGUUGGGUUGAAAGUCAAGCGGGAACGAGGUGAACACCGGAGUGAUUUUUGGAGGCAGCGUGUUCUAAAAAUCGAGGGGACGGUGUCGCCCCCGACUCAACCUACUUUGACUUCAAACCAAACACACCAUUAAUUGCAAGGGAAUUCACCUCUCUAUACAUACAUACAUACUUGUGAGCCCGUUUUGUACGUGUCAGGCGGAAAAUACGUCAGAGUGUCGGUGGACUAAUUAACAAGUACGCGACCCGGCCGGUUGUUGGUUCCUAUACUAUAGUAAAAGUGGCGAGUGAAGGACCCGGCCGGCUCAGUGGAGCACACUGCACACGACCAUGGUGGCUACACGCUCCAUUGCCGGCCACCAUCGUGGCAUCGUACGCACGAAUCUUAAAGCCUCUCUCUGCUUGACGACAUUGUCUUUAAUCUACGUAUCAAGACACAGGUGUCCUUGCUCUAUCGGACUUGAAGGACACCAAAAUGGGACAAUAUAUGGGAAAAGGUAUUUACUUGGAAGAAAAAAGGAAAAUACUAGCCAUGCUUGCUGCGAAUCGAGAGGUUUAAGUGUCAUGCUUAGGCUGAGUCCAGUGCACAGCCUCCCUCUCGCCCCUGCCACGUCAGCUCUCGCCUGCACUCUCGCCCCUGCUGCUCCAGUGCACAGGCUGCAGCAGGCUACAGCCUCAGGCUACAGCACACGUGGACCAAUCAGAAGUCGCCACCUCACUGUCGCCUCCACUCUCGCCCGCGAAGACGCCAUCGCCAACGCGUCGCCCCGCUCUCGCCUGCCUAUCGCCGGGCGGUGGCAGUAGCGCCCGCCGGGUCGCUCUCGCCCGCCUCUAGCCCUGCUCUCGCCUCCUGCUGGGCGCUAUCGCUCUCGCUAUAGCCUGCAUUGGCACCAGCCUUACACUGCUCGCGUUUUAAUUUACCCCAAAAAAAAACGAGGAUCAUGGUUCACAAGCUUGGGUGUAAGUGCAGUCGCCAUUGUUAAUUCUUUACAGAGAGAGUGUCAUCAUAUAUACACUCUCUUCUACUCAGGACGAAGGAUGUUAGAAUUGAGUGUAGAGCCAUGGAGAGGUACAUUACCGUCGCUGCCGUCGCCCUCGGCGCUGCCGUACCAGGUGGCGGUGGCCGGGUGCCACUCGGGGUCGACCACCCUGUGCGCCGCCCCCGAAGCGUUCCCGGAGACGAAGAGGCACGCCGCGCACACGAGCCACGACGCGAGGAGGACGGAGAGGCAGGAGCUCGAGGAGGCGGCCAUGGCGCGCACGUGAAGAGCUAGCAGAGAAACGGCGGCACAAGCAGGCAGCGAACGCCUACCGACACUCCCGCUGUCCUGGUGCAGAACGAAAUGGCCGAGCUCGCUCGAGUGGUGGUGGUGGUGGUACCUCCUCCUCUCUCUCUGGGAUCGCUUUUAAGGCUUCGAGAAGCCCCAGUCCCCGAUGCGCUGAGCGCUCAGAGGCAGCCCCUCCUCCCCUGCAGAAAUGGCGGGCCGGGGAAGGGACAAUGGGAA